UCUCUUUCUUUCUCUCGGAGGACCGCAGGUGAGGAAACAGGACCAAAAGCAAAAUUCCAUUUGAUGCAGAUUUCUUUGGUGAGACGUGCGCUAAAGUCCGAAUGGAAUCUUUUUAUCCAGACCAUUGCAACAGAUUUUUGCCACUUAUAAGUCACAUCUCGAGUUAAACAAAAGAUUCAAAAUGGAUGAUUUAAAUUUCUCCGUCAUGGAGAAUGAGAUUCAGAUGGGGAACAUCUCCUUUAAUUCCUCCUCUCAGAGUCAGUACACCCAGCUGGCGGUCUGGGGUCUGGCAGGACUUGUCAGCUUUUUGAUUUUAUUCACAGUUGUAGGGAAUGUUUUGGUUGUGAUCGCUGUUUUAACAAGCAGAGCUCUGAAGCCACCUCAGAACCUGUUUCUCGUCUCCCUGGCCAGUGCUGACAUACUGGUGGCCACCCUGGUUAUGCCCUUUUCCUUGGCAAAUGAACUUAUGGGCUACUGGUUUUUUGGUAAGAUUUGGUGUGACAUCUACUUGGCACUGGACGUCUUAUUCUGCACAUCUUCUAUUGUUCACCUUUGUGCCAUCAGUUUGGACAGGUACUGGUCAGUAACGCAGGCUGUAGAAUACAACUUAAAGCGAACGCCCAGAAGAGUCAAAAGGAUGAUCGUGGUGGUCUGGUUGAUCUCAGCCGUCAUCUCCUUCCCACCCCUGAUAUCGAUGGAAAAGAGCAGCAAUGAGGCGAGCCCCCAGUGUAUCCUAAACGACGAGACCUGGUACAUUCUCUACUCCAGCAUCGGCUCAUUCUUUGCUCCAUGUGUCAUCAUGAUCCUGGUUUACAUCCGGAUUUACCAAGUGGCAAAAACCCGGACGAGAACAAUGUCAGAGAAGAAGAGAGAUGUGGACUCCCCACUGAAGAAUGGGAUGGACCAGACUGAACCAGGCAAAGGCGGGUCUUUAAAGUCUAAUCGGGGUGGGAGCAUGAAAAACCAGGAACAGGAGAAUGGUCACUGCCAAGAACAAGCAGUGGGAUCCUCCCUGCCAAAUGAAAGGAAACACCAAGCGACAGACCACGAUGACGACUUUGAGGACAGCAGUUCGUCUGACGAAAAACCCAAGAAAAACUCCUCCAAACACCGCCACGAUGACAGAAAAGACAGGAAAUCCAGUCGUAAAGGCAGCUCCGCCUCAAAAUACUCUAGCAGGAAGUCACGUGCCAGCUCCAAAUCCAUGGAGCUGUUCUCAUCUCGCCGAAAACGCAGGACCACCAUCAAUCGCAAGAAAGCCUCCGCUGCCCGGGAGAAACGAUUCACGUUCGUGCUUGCUGUGGUAAUGGGUGUCUUCGUGGUGUGCUGGUUCCCUUUCUUCUUCUCCUACAGUCUGUAUGGAAUCUGCCGGAAGCCGUGCAAAAUACCCGGAACGCUCUUCAAGUUCUUUUUCUGGAUUGGAUACUGUAACAGCUCCUUAAACCCAGUCAUCUACACCAUCUUCAACCAGGACUUCCGGAGAGCCUUCCAGAAGAUCCUCUGCAGGUCCUGGAAGCGGUCUUUCUGAGCCGGCUCUGCAUGACCAGGCUUUAAACUUACUGCCACAGGAUGAAUUACUGGCUCAUUUCACAACUUUCCUUCAGGGAAUCGCAAGGAACGUUUGAUUAAUGGAUAAAGACACUGAGCUCAGGUCCGGAAAGUGUUUUAAGGUACUUUUCUUGUGCUUUAUUGUGUAGUUAUAAACAGUUGUGACAUGUGCACGCCACAUUGUACCAGGGACAGUAGCUGGGACAUCAAAGGUUUUCAAUGACGUUUGAUUAACUAUGCGACCUCAUUAACUGGAUACAACGCAAAGGCCUUGACAAUCUUGACACAACCGCUGUUGGUGACGUUACUUUGUGAAAUCUCUUUCUUACACGUUACCUUUCAAUACGAGAACAACCAAUGGGACGAAGGGGCUCCUUGCUUACUGUUUCAGUAGCAAAACGAAACACUAAAGACAAAUGAAGCAACCUAUAAAGACACAUUAUCGCUUCUUUAAGGAGAGAAGAAAAACAAACAAAAAACUCAAGCCUGAGAAGUGCAGCAGAAAGCUUUGAUCAGGAUGCACCUUCCGCCAAAUGACGGCAUCCACCGAGGCAUUCACUGUGCCACAGUCUGUGUAAGAUAACAGGAAGACCAAGUGUAAAGUGUGUGAAACUGUGCUGAGGUGAAGUGAGCCACAGAGUUUCCAGCAUCUUAUCUUAGGUCUAAGUGCCAGUUAAUGACUGUUCCGUGUGUGUUUAAGUCCACUUUCAGCAAACAGUCCGAUUGGGCUUUUUUUCAGUUGAGCACCUCUGCUGCUUCACACGUCUCUUUUCUCUCCUGUAAAAACAUUUACACUCAGUAAAAACCAACUGCUCACACACACAGACACACACAGACACUAGAUUUCAGAAUUGACAUUUUCUUCAUAUCUGCAGCAUUUUUGGCCAGAAGGGCUAAUUAAUGCUUUUUUUGUUUUGUAAAUAACUGAAGAAAAUGCAGUAUUAUUGGUGUAGUGCCUCUUAAUCACACGUGUCUCAAUAUCAUUAAAAAAGUAUUUUAUGUCCAAUGAUCCAUUCUCUAAAAUGCCACAGUCACUAAAGAGAUUGGCAAUGUCUAUUUUUUCCCCACACCUAGCAAAAUGGGUGUGGCUGGAAGUCUGGAAAUUAUUUCUAUACUUCCUCCAGCCACCAAGAAAUGGUGCAAACAGAUAAAGUGUUCUUUAUGAAAAUCAAGAUGGUGCCCAUGACGGCCAUAUUGGAUGACAGACAACCCGCUUUUUUCAAAAGGAACCUUCCUCUAGUCUCCCCAAUACACCACCAAGAAAUGGUUUCAACCAGACAAGGUGCUCUUAGUUACUGUGUAGAAAGUUUACAGAGGGACAUCCAGAUGGACAGUGCAAAACCUAAAUGCUUCCCCAGCUUCAAUGACCACGUUGGACUAUAUGACUGGACGUGUGGCUACAGGUACGAGACAUUUCCAUGCAGUGGUGCCCUGCGAUGCUCUGAACAGCUAUGACAGAACCAAAUAGCACCAUGUGGCGAUUAACUAUAUAUUGCAGGUUUGGUUAAAAAAAAAAAAAAAAAACUCUUAAAAACGUAAAACUAAUGAUUGUUUUGUGGAACUUGUGUUACCAUUUUGAAUUUUGGUGAAAAUCUCAUGAGAUUUUGUCUGUCAGUCACAGAAAGUAAAAACAUGGAUAAAAUAUAGAUAAUCACAACAUGACACUACUGGAGUAGUAGUAGUAGUACUGUAGUAUAUUGUUCAUAUUUUGUUAAUACUGCUGUGUUCUGUUGUAAAAUGUCUCGUACCUGUAGCUACGUCCAAUAAGAUUUGUUUCCAAUCUAGCUUGUUUCAAACCAGCUACAUGCUAUCUAGACAAGUUAGAGCUAAUACAGUACGCUAGGCUAGUUAAGUAGUCCACAGACGCAUUUAAAAUUACAUUAAAAGAAUGUAUUUGUAUUAUAAAUUAUUGUUUUACAGCCAAUUACAAAUUGUACUGAUCUGUUUUUUUUUUUUUUGGAACACUACUCUGGUAGAACAGGAUUUUAUAAAAUUGUGUUGUGUGACAUGGCUAGCUAACAUGAGAGAGGCUACAAGUGAUAGCAGGAUGAUGGCACCACGAAUUAAUGUUUCAACAUUCACCAAAAUUAAAUUUUGAUGGGUCGAGUUAAGUGAAAAUAGCACCUACAACUCCCCCCCCCCCCC